AUUAACAUGAUCAAAAACUCAAGCUUCACUGCUGUUCUUCUGUUUGUUUGUAUUGCAGGAGUUUUUGGAGAAAACUGGAAUGUGAUUUAUGAAAGUACAUCAGUAUGUGCUCUUAAUGGAUCCACAGUAAACAUGUCAUGCUCAUACACAUACCCUCAGCAGUAUAAACUGGCUGAUACAUUCUGGAUGCUAGGUGUAGAGAUCAAAAGUUUAAAAGAAUAUCCAGAGUAUAAAGACAGGGUUGAAUACAUUGAAGACAGACAGAAACAAACUGCUGUUCUCAGACUUUACAACGUCUCUAAAAAUGAUGAAAGAGUUUAUUUUUUUAAAUUAGUAACUGAUACUGAAGGACAAAAAUGGAUUGGUCAACCAGGAAUUCAGCUUAAAGUUUCAGCUCUUCAGGUAAAGGCACCACAGCUGGUGCUGGAGAAAGAAAGAGUUAAUCUGACCUGUGAAAGCACAUGCAGUCUGACAGACAGAUUCAUCUGGUACAAAAAUGGACAGGCUUUAAAGAUCCAGAACGAGACCCUCCAGCUUCAGUCCGAGCGCAGUGAUUCUGGCCGUUACAGCUGCGCUGUCAGAGGACAUGAAGACCUGCCGUCUCCUGCUGUCAGCAUCAAUGUCAUGUAUCCUCCAAAGAGUGUCUCAGUGUCCAUCAGUCCGUCUGAAAUAGUGGAGGGAGAUUCAGUGACUCUGAUCUGCAGCAGUGACUCAAACCCUCCUGCUCUGAACUUCAGCUGGUUUAAGGAGAAUCAAAGCUCAGCUGUUGGAUCUGGACAGAGUUUCAUCAUCUCCAGCUUUAACUCCAGUCACAGCGGACGCUACUAUUGUGAGGCUCAGAAUCAACAUGGAUCUCAGAGAUCAGCGUCUGUUUCAGUCUCUGUUAAAGGGUUUCAGAGAGCUGCUCUGCACACAGUUACUGGGAUUGUGGUGGGAUGUGUAGUAUUCAUCUUCAUCAUCAUCAUUAUUGUGCUCAUAAGGUGA